AUGUCAUCGAAAUUUCAAGCUACCAUUUCAUCAAACAACGUUGUGAUCGAUAUUGUCGAACCCCACCCUAAUUUUCCAGAAAUUGUUCAAUUCGUUCUCAUCCAAAUUGUGAAGCAGAAAAAUCUUGACCAACUCAGGAAAUAUGGUGGAGUCGAGGGACUAGCUUCUAGUCUCAAAACAAAUUUGAAGCAUGGAAUUAAUGGAGACGUUGAGGAUAUUUCGCGACGAAAGGAAGCAUUUGGAUCAAACACCUACCCAAGGCCGCUUGGGAAAAAAUUGUUCGAUUUUGUGUUGGAGGCUUUAAGAGAGCCUACUAGUUUGAUAAUUCUAGCAUGUGCAACAGUUUCACUUGGAUUGGAAACCAAGCAACAUGGCCUCAAAAAAGGAUGGUACGACGGAGGAGGCAUAUUUGCGACAGUCUUUGUAGUGACAGUAGUCUCGGCAAUAGUCAAAUUCAAGCAAAAUAGACGGUUCGUCAAGUUAUCUGAAAUGAGCAACAACAUCCAAGUUGAUGUCUUGAGAAAUGGAGGGGAACAAAAAGUUGACCGUUCUGAAAUCGUUGUAGGAGAUGUUGUGUGCUUGAAUAAUGGUGACCAAGUUCCGGCUGAUGGAUUGUUUAUAGGCGGACACUCUUUGCUGGUAGAUGAAUCAAGCAUGACUGUGGAAACCAACCCUGUUGAAGUUGAUCUUAGCCAUAAUCAUAAUAAUCCAUUCUUGUUCUCCGACACCAAGGUAACUUCUGGGAAUGGUCGAAUGCUAGUCACCUCAGUGGGAAUGAACACAACGUUGGGAGAAAUAAUCACAAUCAGCAUCGACUCCAACGAACAUACCCCUCUGAAAUACAAACUCAACAAACUCACCUCAUCAAUCGGAAAAGUCGUUUUAUCUGUCGCAUUCUUAGUCCAAGUUGUCUUAUUGAUCCGGUACUUCACCGAAAACCAAAAGGACAUGAACGGGAACGCAAAGUACAACGGCAGCAAAACCAAAGCCUACGACAUCCUAAAUUCUGUCUUCAAUAUCAUAGCUGCUCCAGUAACUAUACUAGUCGAUGCAAUACAAGGAGGGUUACCGGUGGCUGUGACUCUAGCUCUGGCUCAUUCGAUGAAACGAAUGAUGAGUGAUCACGCCAUGGUUGGCAAGCUCUCUGCUUGCUUAACAAUGGGUUUCGCUACCACUAUUUGUACUGACAAAACUGGAACACUCACACUUAACCAGAUGAAGGUGACAACGUUCUGGUUAGGCCAGGAUUGUAUUGAGGAAAAAGGGAUCUCUUCUGUUGCAACCAGUGUUGUUGAACUACUCCACCAUGGUAUUGGUUUGAAUACAACUGGUUCUGUUAAUAUGUCUGCUUCAGGAUCCGAGUUUGAGUUCUCUGGUAGUCCUACGGAGAAGGCGAUCCUGUCUUGGGCUGUUUCAGAACUGAACCUGGAUAUGGAGGGACUUAAGCAGAGUGGUGAGAUUCUCCAUGUUGAAGCGUUUAACUCAAAGAAGAAACGAAGUGGUGUUUUGAUGAGGAAUGGAGAGCAAAAUACAAUGAACUUGCACAUCAAAGGUGGAGCGGAGAUGGUACUAGCUAUGUGCUCGAAUUACUACGAUGUCUCUGGAACCAUCAAGGUUUUGGAUGAUGAUGAGAGGAAGAUAUUUGAUGGUAUAAUUCAAGGGAUGGCAGCUAGCAGCUUGCGAUGCAUCGCUUUCGCGCACAAGCAAGUUCCAGAGGAAGAACAUGAAGAGGGAAAAAACCAAAUAGAAGAAAACUGCUUGACCCUUUUGGGGCUAGUGGGUUUGAUGGAUGCAUGUCGUCCGGGUGUGAAAGAAGUUGUGCAAGAGUUUCAAUAUGCAGGAGUGAACGUGAAAAUGGUCACGGGCGACAAUAUUUUCACGGCUAGAGCUAUAGCAACUGAAUGUGGGAUACUCAAGCCUAAUCAGGACAUGGAAAACGGAGCAGUGGUUUUGGGGGAGCAAUUCAGAAACUACACACCAGAGGAACGAAUGGAGAAAGUCAACAAUAUCAGUGUGAUGGCAAGGGCCUCUCCACGUGAGAAACUCCUAAUGGUACAAUGCUUGAAGCAAAAAGACCACGUGGUGGCAGUCAUUGGGGAUGGAACCAACGACGCGCCAGCACUAAAAGAAGCCGAUAUAGGCCUUUCGAUGGGACAGGGGACUGUAGAGGCGAAAGAGUGCUCUGACAUCGUCAUUUUGGACGACAGCUUCGGGUCUGUGGCCACUGUUUUAAGGUGGGGGAGGUGUGUUUGUACCAACGUUCAGAAAUUCAUUCAGUUGCAGCUCACUCUGACUGUUGCUACCCUUGCCAUAAACUUUGUUGUGUCGGUUUCAACCGGAGAGGUCCCACUUUCAGCCGUCGAAUUGGUAUGGGUCAACUUGAUUAUUAGCACAUCGGCUGCUUUACCGUUAGCCACUGAAAAACCCACAAAGGAGCUAAUGGAAAAUCCACCGGUGGGUCGAACAAAGCAACUCAUAACCAACGUUAUGUGGAGGAACUUACUCUGUCAAGCGUUAUAUCAGACAGUUGUCCUGCUUACCUUACAAUUCAAGGGCGAAGCAAUUUUCAAGGUGAGCGCGAAUGUCAAUGACACUCUGAUUUUGAAUGUUCUCGCACUGUGUCAAGUGUUCAAUGUUAUCUUCCUGUGGAAGCUCGAGAACAAGAAUGUGUUUGAGGGAAUUCACAAGAACCACUUGUUUCUGGUGAUUAUUGGUUUGACGAUUGCGGUUCAGGUGGUGGUGGUGGAGUUUCUGAAGAAAGUUGCGGGUACGGAGAGGUUGAAUUGGUGGCAGUGGGGAGUCUGUGUUGGGUUUGCUUCAGUUUCUUGGGCAAUUGGGUGGGUUGUCAAGUGGAUUCCUGUUCCAGAGAAACCGUUUCUCCUCCACCCCUCUCUUCCCCCCAUCAGCCGUACCUCUUUCUCUUCGACGCCAUUGGAGUUAGAUCCCGCUUCCGGCGCCCACUCAGACGAAAAGGUUUUGUCCGGCGACUUGGAGUUAGUCCCAGUCCAAGGGAACUAA